AUGGCCUGGGCGACGCAGAUCAGCCGCGUCCUCUCGCUGGCCGCGGCCGUCGUCGUGCUCUUCAUCGAGCUCCAGGGCUCGGCGGCCAUGCGGGCGACCCUCGUCGGCGCCCGGGGCCCGCUCCGCGCGUCGUCCAACUACACGAGCAGCCUCAUGCCGCUGGUUGCGGCGGCGCUGAUGGCCAACAGGUCGCUGCAUGUGCAUGGCCCGGUCCCGCGCCUUCUCUACAUCGACGCGGACGACAGCCAAGAAGGGUAUGGCUUCAGUGCGUCGCAGUGCGCGAGCCCGCUGCCCGGCGACCGCAUCUACGCGUCGUCGUACCUAGGACAACUGCUGCCGCGCGUCCUCGCCGCCGCACCGGGCGUGCCAGAGCCGGCGACGAUCCUCAUCGACUGCACGUUCACGGCGCGGGUGGUGCAGGACACGACGGCGCUCAAGGUCCACUGGCUCGAUGCGAACGCCACGUCGCUCUCGACGCUCUUCCUGCAGACGAUGGUCCUCAAGCGGCCGACGAAGCGCCUGAGCAUGGCCUGCGGCGUCGCGACCUUGACGUCGCUGGCCCUCGCGUCCUCCGCCGCGGUAAGCGCAUCGUAUGUGCAUGGCGUCGGCCUCGACUUUCCGUACGUCCUCUCGGCGUUCACACCGCUUGAACUCGCGCCGACGCUGACGCUGGAUGGCAUGUGGCAGGGCACGCUAGGCGGGUCGGCGGGCGAGACGAUCCACGUCGCGGGCACCGAGGGCAUCUACCGCGUCGCCCACAGCACGCAGGCCAACUACGACCACUACAUUUGGGCGCUGCCAAACAAUCCGUUCGAGUUUGUUGAACUCGUCUCGUACUUGACGACCGACAUGUCGAAGGACUCGUUCGCGUGGGUUCGCAUGCUGCUCUCGAUGGGCGUCGGCCUCACGCUGCUCGUGCACUUUGCCGUCGCGCUCGUCGUCGCGCUGCACAUGUACCGCGCGCACCGCGUACUGUGGGUGCCCGACGUCUUUCCGUGUGUUCAGACGCGGCUCCAGCUGCGCGCGCUCCUCUGCCUUCUCGUCCUCGCGUGCACGAAUGGCUGGCACCUCUACGAGUACGCGCUGUGCACGGCCAACGCCCGCGAAGGCUGGACCAACAGCUUUGUGCUGACCGACAUCAUCCGUGCGGACGCCCUCAUGGUGUACCUCGGGCUCAUGAUCACACUGGCCAACGCCGUGCGCAUCCGCCUGCGCCUCGAGGUCGCCGUCAGCAUUUACGUCAUCUGCUACCAGCUGAGCGACGAUAUUGUGGCAACGCACGGCCUUGCGCUGGACGCAACCAACGCGUAUGUGAAGGCCAACUACCUCGCCAACAUCCUCGAGGCCCAUGUGGACGGGAUGGACCUCUGGACGAGCCAUGAGAACUUCAGCACGAACGGAGCCGUGGUUGCAACCCAAAUGACGUGGUGGGUCGUUGCGAGUUGCCUUUGUUGUGGGUAUGCCCUCGCCGCGAAAGGUUGCAACAUGGUGGAUAUGGACCGUCGACGCUGCAUGACGUGGCGCCACAUGCACCACAUGCGCCUCCGCUCCGAAGACGUGGUCCACACGUUUGCGACACAGAGCGCGUCGCGCCGACGGCGAUCGUCCUUGAGCAAGGUCGGGCCCGUCGGGCCAGUGCGAAAGACGUUUUCGUUUCAGGACGUCUCGUCGGUCGCGGUCGAGGCCGUGCUGCACACGCAGCUCUGCCAAGUGUACGGCCUCGUGGCUCCGCUCGACGAGUUCGUGGCGGUGAGCGGCUGGUCGUACGUCUCGGCCUCGAGCGUCUGGCUGCUCGGCUACGUCCUCGUCGACGGCGUGUUCCUCGUGCACGUCAACGACUACCCGCUGCUGAUGCUGAACGCGCUGCUGCGCCGAUGGGUCUUUCGCGUCUACGGCUUUCACGUCAUCGACGCCACGAUCCACGCCGAGAAGACGCGCUUGCUGCCGAACGCGAUCCCGAUCCGGCACCUCCUCCGCACCACCGUGUGCGAGUUGCGCUAG